AAAACACUUUCUAAUCUGUGUUUUUACUUGGAUUCCACUUUUAAAUUUGAGAUCUCACUGGAUCACAUCAACUAGACAUAGCGGAAAUUCAUUCAGUUCAUGUUCAAAUUCGAAGAGUUUGAGCUUAGAAAGUCACUGAAACGAAGUUCACAGAUUGAAAGUCGUGAUUUAGAAGGACGAUUGAGCGUUUUGUGGUGUUGUGAACGGUGAAUUUCUUUUUGGAUAGUUUUCGGAGUUUCAAUUGAGUUGGAGAAAUAUGGGGGUUGACUUGAGGUCUGUCGUGCCAAAGAUGAACCUCUCGUCAGCCUCUGAUUACACUUCGAUUGUGGCAAUUACCUUAUUCGUUGCGCUCCUUUGCGCGUGUAUUGUGAUCGGUCAUUUGUUGGAGGAGAAUCGGUGGAUGAAUGAGUCAAUUACAGCCCUUGCAAUUGGUUUGAGCACUGGAGUUGUGAUUCUAUUAACAAGUGGUGGGACAAGCUCGCAUCUUUUGCUUUUCAGUGAAGAUCUUUUCUUCAUUUAUCUUCUUCCGCCAAUAAUAUUCAAUGCUGGGUUCCAGGUAAAGAAGAAACAGUUCUUUCGCAACUUCAUGACUAUCACACUCUUUGGUGCUGUUGGUACUCUGAUAUCCUUUGUCAUCAUAUCAUUAGGUGCUAUUAUCCUUUUCAAGAAAAUGAAUAUGGGCUCCCUCGAACUGGGAGAUUAUCUUGCAAUUGGAGCAAUCUUGUCUGCAACAGAUUCUGUUUGCACUUUGCAGGUGCUUAAUCAGGAUGAGACGCCUCUAUUAUACAGUCUAGUUUUCGGUGAAGGCGUCGUAAAUGAUGCCACAUCAGUGGUGCUUUUUAAUGCAGUUCAGAGCUUUGACCUAUCGCAUAUGAACCCAAGCAUUGCAUUGCAGUUAAUUGGGAAUUUUCUAUAUUUGUUUGUCACAAGCACUUUGCUGGGAGUUGCCGCCGGAUUACUUAGUGCAUACAUUAUAAAAAAGCUCUAUUUUGGAAGGCAUUCUACUGAUCGUGAGGUUGCUAUUAUGAUACUCAUGGCUUACCUUUCAUAUAUGCUGGCAGAACUAUUCUUUUUAAGCGGCAUCCUCACCGUAUUCUUUUGUGGGAUAGUGAUGUCCCACUAUACCUGGCAUAAUGUCACUGAAAGUUCGCGAGUCACGACCAAGCAUGCUUUUGCGACAUUGUCAUUUAUUGCUGAGAUAUUUAUUUUUCUCUAUGUUGGCAUGGAUGCUUUGGACAUUGAAAAGUGGAGUGUUGUUAGUGACAGCCCUGGAACAUCAGUUGCGGUUAGCUCAAUUCUGUUGGGAUUGGUUUUGGUUGGAAGAGCAGCGUUUGUAUUCCCCUUGUCAUUUUUAUCAAACUUGACUAGGAAGUCUGCACACGAGAAAAUUGGCCUAAAUCAGCAAGUUACAAUAUGGUGGGCUGGUCUUAUGCGAGGUGCUGUUUCUAUGGCUCUUGCUUAUAAUCAGUUUACGAAGGAAGGCCAUACCCAAUUACGGGGGAAUUCAAUCAUGAUCACCAGUACCAUCACAGUAGUUCUCUUCAGCACAGUGGUGUUUGGGUUGAUGACUAAACCUCUGGUGAGGCUCUUGCUGCCCUCAUCAAAACAAUUAGUCAGAAUGAUUUCAUCGGAACCAGUUACUCCCAAGUCCUUCAUUGUGCCACUUCUCGGCCAUGGACAGGAUUCAGAAGCUGACCUAUGUAGCCCCAAUAUGCCUCGUCCAAGCAGCUUACGGAUGCUCCUAACAACUCCAUCUCGAUCCGUCCACUAUUAUUGGAGAAAAUUCGAUGAUGCCUUCAUGCGUCCAGUUUUUGGUGGACGGGGUUUCGUUCCCUUUGUUCCUGGCUCUCCGACUGAACGAAGCCUUCAUCAGGAGCAAGGAGAAUAACAUAACAGACGCUGCCUAUUGUUGCUGGGGCUUUGAAAUCAGCUCCGGGGUUGAGGUUUGUUAAUGUUAUUUACUGUUUUUUGGUGUGAUUUGAUAGGAGGUUUUGGUUUAUAUGAUAGGUUGGGGAUAAACUUGCUCACUUUUUUUUUGGGGGUGGGAGGGGUCAUGAUCGAGUCAUUUAGUUCAAUUCUCUGGUUGGUCAACUCACAUUUUUUUUGGGUAUUGGUUUCGCCGUGUAAAUAUCAUGAGUUUGACGUUUUAUUGAUUGCAGGCUUCUCACUCUAAUAAUGUUCUGUUUGUAAUUUUUUUGGUUCUCUCUCUCUCUCUCUCAUGAGAGCCUUUGGUGUAAUUGUAAAACUAUUUCAUUGUGAUU